AUGAUGUCAUUCUUGGGAAAAACGAUUCUACCCAGAUACAUCUGGCUUGACGGAAAAGUCGAAGAAAACGUUCCGAUAACGAUUGAUAACGAUGGUGUAAUUGUUGAAAUUGGCGGCAUCAUACCGUAUGACGUCAUUCGACUUGAAAAUGAGAUCGUACUACCCGGUUUCGUGAACGCACACUCGCACGCUUUCCAUCGUCAUCUACGCGGACGAAGCGAAAUUGGCGGUAAAGCCGCGGAUACGUUCUGGAAGUGGAGAGACAACAUGUACGCGCUAGUGGACGGGAUUACCGAGGACAAGCUCUACGAGUACUGUCUGUCGACAUUUCGAGAGAUGCUCGCCGCUGGAAUCACCAGCGUUGGCGAAUUCCACUACGUACAUCAUGGAACCAGAAGAUUUGACCUGGAUAAGGCAGUACUGCGGGCAGCACAGGACGCCGGCAUUAGGAUCACUCUUAUACAGACUUUCUAUGAAAAUGCCGGUUUCGAUAAGCCACCACUACAUCCGGUACAGGAGCGAUUUGUGUCCACUUAUCAGGAGUUUGUGGAAAAUUUCAACGACCUGUUGAAACGAAACGAUAAAACAGUAACUAUAGCAGUGGCCGCCCACUCGGCAAGAGCUGUCAGCUUUGACAACAUAAAAAAACUCUACGAAAUGGCGCUAGAGAGAGGCAUAGCAUUUCAUAUCCAUGUAGAGGAGCAGCCGAAAGAAAUCGAAGACUGCAUACGAUUUCUUGGAGAGAAAAAGAGUCCUUCCGAUUUUUUGCUCGAAAAUCUUAACAUAACAAAACUGUUCUCCGCCGUCCAUGCUACCUACACGCAAGUGGAAAAUAUUAAAAAAUUUACUCAAAAUGGUGCAAAUAUCGUUGUUUGUCCUUGUACAGAAGGUUACCUUGGUGACGGAAUUCCGCAUGUGAUUGAAGGUGAACACAUCAGCUAUGGAACCGAUUGUAAUAAUCGGAUCGGUUUUCUGGAAGAGAUGCGGUGGGCGUGUUAUUCCCAACAGAUGCUACACAAUUCACGUAGUGUGGCAGGUUUCUCUGCUGCUCGACUUCUUCACAAUGCUACCCUGGGUGGAGCAAGAGCAUUAGCCCUCGAUGGUGUCAUCGGCAGCUUUGAGAUUGACAAACAACUGGAUUUCGUCUCGUUUGAUUUGCAAUCAGCACUUCUGAAUGGACUUACGCCGGAUACCAUCAUCGACGGCAUUGUCUUUAGUUGCGAUAACCGAGAGAUCAAAAGAACAGUGGUGGCCGGAAUUACUCGCUAUUCUCAAUGA